UUUCCAAUUUCCAAAUCGUCGGGAAAUGAAUUUUCUAUUGUCACUCAUCUGUGUUGCGGUGAGUUUUUCGGUAGCUAAGGGCGACGGUGCAGUAUGGUCGUAUUCAGGCAAUACAGGACCAGCUGCCUGGAAAAACCUGACCGGUUAUUCAGAGUGCGGUAAUAACGCCCAGUCCCCCGUCAACAUAGUGACUGCCGACGUCCAGGUUGAUUCUACCCUUGACGAUCUCGUCCUCACCAAUUACGACGAUUCCUCUACUAAAACUUGGACAUUGUCCAACAAUGGACACGCUGUGAAAGUCGAUGUAGAUGAUGGCGGUUAUCGACUGAACAGCAACAAGUUCUCACACGCAUAUAAACUGGCGCAGUUUCACUGGCAUUGGGGUAACGUAAGCACCGAGGGUUCGGAGCACACUAUCGAUGGUACUGAAUACCCACUGGAGAUGCAUUUCGUCCAUUACUCAACUGCUUACAAUGCUAUCGGCGAUGCCAUAUCCCAAUCAAAAGGUCUUGCCGCUCUGGGCGUCAUGUUUACAAUUCAGUCCAGCGACAACCAGGCUUUGAAACCAAUUUUUGAUCUGCUUCCAAACAUACAAUCUUCAGGUUCUUCGCAUACUUUUAACUAUACCGGCAGCCUGAUGAGCUUCCUGCCAAGCGAUAAGUCGUAUUACCGGUACAUGGGCAGUUUGACGACUCCAGCUUGCCAAGAGUCCGUUGUGUGGACAUUACUUCAAACGCCAGUCGGUAUUUCUGAGGCUCAGAUGAACCUACUUAGGACUAACCCAAUGUUCGAAAACAACGGAGGCUAUAUGGUGAAUAAUUACCGCCCUCCUCAGCCUCUGAACGGGAGGACAAUCUCCAAACCGGGCACCGCAGGCUCCAGUGCAGGUCAAGUCGUCCAUUCCGUCGCAGCUUUUGUCUUCACGAUGGUUGCAGCAGCCUUAUGGUUUCUUUAA